AUGAAAGUUAACGGCAUAACUAAAGCGCGCGCGCCUUUGUCCACAGGCCGCUUCCCCGAACCGCCGCCCGACCUAGGAUCCGUCGGGAGCCUAACGAACUUUCGGCUCCUUGGAAACGCACGAUCUCGUGCCGUCCGCGCAAUGGAAACGGGCCGCGUCGGCGCGUGCUCGCGACGUGACCGCGCGGCGUCACGCGGCGCGAAUAAACGCCCCGGUAAUGAGCACGUGCGACGCGCCUUCCCUCCCUCGCUCCCGCCACGCACGACCGUAAUAACGUGCAGACCCGCGAAACGCCACGACUCCGAGCUCUUUGGCAACGCAUCUGCAAUCCUU